GAUCAAAUGACUACUACUCGAUGUGCGGCUUGCAAGUAUUUUAGAAGAAGAUGCCCUUCAAAUUGCAAUUUUGCACCGUAUUUUCCUUCCAAUAACCCUCAACGAUUCGUUUGUGUUCAUAGAAUAUACGGCGCCAACAACAUUGGGAAAAUGCUUGAGGGAUUGCCGGAGCAACUACGAGGGAAUGCAAUAGAAUGCUUGUAUUAUGAGGCCAAAUGUAGAAUACAAGACCCUGUAUACGGGUGUGUUAGCAUAAUAUCACAGUUGCAUUGGGAAAUUCGUAUAGCCCAAACGCAACUAGCAAAAGCUCAAGCGGAAAUUGCCUUACUUGAUGCUGGUGUUGAAGGAGCGGUAACGACAUCAAGAUUGGGUGAUCAGCAAAAUGGCAUUGAUCAUGGCGUAUAUGACCCUUUUAAUUCUUGGUUCUAUUGAUGUUAGUAUUGAUUGAAAAUUACACAUAAUUCUUUGGUUCUUCUAUAAAUCAUUGUUAUGUUAAAAUAAAAAAACCUAUAAAUAAAUGUUACUCGUAUAUUUCACGCA